AUGGUUUCAUUAUAUACUUCCAUUAUUCUCAUUGUUGGUUUAGUUGCACCAAUCAUCGCACAAAGUUGCUCGGAUAACGGUGCAGCAGGUACCUGUAAGGAUGCAUCAACAUGUACAGGUAGAACAGUAAGUGGUUUAUGUCCUGGUGCAUCUAAUAUUAAAUGCUGUAUUGCUACUGCUGCAUCAGCAGGUUCAAGUGCCGGACUUUGUGGUGGUUAUACAGGUGCCAUUGUCAGUUCAAUUGCUGGUAAUGAUAAUGUUAUGUAUUCAGUAGUUAAAAUAAAAGCUGAACACUUGACUACUCCAAGCUCAGCUUCAUUAGCACCAACUGCAUCAGACAACACCAUGACAACAUCAACAGCCUGUGCUUUUGACACUAUGGCUACAGCUGCUAAAAAUGCUGGUGUAUCAGUUAAAAUCAGUUCUGGUUUCCGUACAAUUGCUCGUCAAGAAUAUUUCUGGAAUUGUUAUCAAACAAAAUCAUGUAACAAUGGUAAUUUAGCUGCUCGACCAGGUUCAUCAAAUCAUGGCAAAGGUAUUGCUCUUGAUAUAAAUACUGAUUGUGGUGGACAAACAGGUGCAAAACCAAAUUGUGGUGGAAGUGCUGUUUAUCAAUGGUUGUAUAAUAAUGCUCAUAAUUACGGAUUUACUCGUACAGUUCAAAGUGAACCAUGGCAUUGGGAAUUUCGUGGUAUUGGUGUUGCACGCGCUACCUUUGCUUAA